GUUCCCACGACCGGCAAUACCAAACACUCAGUAACUUCACGUUACCGGCUUGUUGCAACUAAGGGCUAAGGGGGUUCUGGCUUUAGAAGAUUGAAAUUGGGCCGUCCACCUUCAGUCAACCUGGUGCACUACCAAAUCUACCUACUAUGGCGGCACCCAAUCGCUACCCCCAGUUUCUCCUCCUUGGAGACAGCCUUGUCCAGUACUCCAGCUACCUGAGCAAUGGCGGCUUUGCCUUCGGGGCCGGUCUUCAAGAGCAUUGCUCGCGCCGGCUUGAUGUCGUCAAUAGAGGCCUGGCUGGAUAUACCACUGCGCAUCUUCUUCGGAUACUUCCAGAGCUGGUGCCGGCCCCCUCGUGCGCCAAGGUCGAUUAUCUUCUCCUCCUCGUUGGCGCGAACGACGCCUGUCUGCCCACCAGCCCAACACGCCAACACGUCCCGCUGGAUGAAUACCGCGCCAACAUCAAGACGAUCCUCACACACCCCUCGAUCACCGCCCACCAACCGACGAUCUUCCUCGUGACCCCGCCGCCCAUCAAUGAGGUCCAGCUCGAGAUAAAUGACCGCAUGAAGGGCGUCUCGGGAAUCACUCGGCUCCAGCGAGUCACAGCCCAGUACGCGGAUGCGAUCCGAGAGGUGGCGGCCGAGUUCAAAGACCAGAAGGUCGUCCUGGUUGAUCUUUGGACGGCGAUGAUGAAGGAGGCUGUUGCGUUGAACCCUAGCUAUGUCCAGGGUGCGGGGAUGCUUGGCUCUAAGGAAAUGGGGGACAGUGAAGAGUUGAGGAGUCUGCUGGUUGAUGGUCUUCAUCUCAUUGGUGCGGGCUACAAGGUCUUUCUUGACGAGCUCUUGCCGCUGGUUGGUCCGACUUGGAAGGAUGAACCCUUCGAUGCUCCGUCGUGGAUAUAUCCGCAUUGGUCUAUUGCUCCUCGAAUUGAUUAA